UAACAAAGAUAGAGGUUUAUUUUAACUUUACAAUUAAUAAUUUAUAAAAAAAAACAAUUAAUGUUUCUUUAGCUUUGAUUGAGGAUCUUAUUUCUCUAUCCCCCAAAAAUAAGGUUUUCUGUUAUUGUUUGUCAGCUGUUGGAGGCUGCCCCGUUAGUUGCUCGUACUUGUGUGCACUCUCUCUCCCUCUCUCUCUCAAUCUUUCUAUCCUCUCUUUUAUCCCUCUCUGGUUUUGAGCUUUUCUCUGCCUGCGCCGUUGACUUUGCCUUUGCGCUGCUUUAGCUUCAUUUGCUUUGGUCGCCGCCUUUCAGUUACAAUUCGUAUUCCAAUUGGAACGCCGCGAUUUUCCUGCGUGCUCACUGAUUUUCCUUGAGCUUUUCUUCUUUUGGCCGCGUCUCGCCUGGCUGCAUUUGUAUUGCAAAAUGUUUUGCCCCACAAAGGCAGUUGACAUUUACAGUGAAAUAAAGUAGUGACACGGUGGAAAUAAUCAAAUAAAAGAAAAUCAAAUCAAAUAAAACAAAAACGUAAUAGCGGACUGUAACGAAUCGCUGACCAAAACAAACGGAAAAAACAAUGUAAUUGUUGAAAUGUAAAUCGACGCCUAAAGUGCAACAAAAAAAAAAAAAAAAAACACACACAAAGUAAACAAAAAGAGAGAAAAACGAGGCAGCAACAAUAGCCAGUGAAAGGCGGGUGGAAAAGUGAGAAAAAUUUGUGGAAAAUCGGGCGAAAUAAUGCGGCAUUUAAUCAUGACCCCGGCGUCGCUGUCGGCUUCGACACCGACGCUUUCCACGCUGCAUCACCAGCGCAUGGCGCUCCAAUCGCAGUCGCAGUCGCCGCUGACGUCGCCGUUAACCCCAUCGCCGUCAUCGGGCUGCGGCUCGCCCAAGUUCCCAGCGAAUUACGAGCGCAGCGAAAAAAUAAAACUCAAAAAGGUCUUGGGCCUGACUGUGUGCAGCAAUGCCGCCUUGGAUGUGUCCCCAGUCAGCGGCCUGCUGGCCUAUCCAGCUGGCUGCACCGUGGUGCUGUUCAACGCGAAGCGCCAGACACAGGCCUAUUUGGUCAAUACCUCCCGCAAAGCAUUCACUUCCGUGGCAUUUUCGCGAUGUGGUCGCUAUGUGGCCACCGGCGAAUGUGGCAUCAAUCCGGCCAUCAAAGUUUGGGAGCUGGAAACUCCAAACGGAAGUCUGGAGCACUGCAGCGGCGGCAGUGUUGUUGCCGAGUUUGUGGACCAUAAAUACGCCGUCACCUGUGUGGCCUUUUCGCCCACUGGCAAGUACCUGGUUUCGGUGGGCUCCCAGCACGACAUGAUUGUCAAUGUGUUCGAUUGGCGGGCCAAUCUCAAGAUGGCCUCGAAUAAAAUCAGCUCCAAGGUAGCUGCAGUGUGUUUCGCCGAGGAUGGCAGCUAUUUUGUCACAGUGGGCAAUCGACAUGUCAAAUACUGGUAUCUGGAGGGAGGAAGAAAGUACAAGGAUCCCAUACCCCUGAUGGGACGCAGCGCCAUUCUGGGUGAUUUGCGGGACAACGACUUCUGUGCGGUGGCAUGUGGCAAGGGUAUAUGUGCGGAGAGCACGUAUGCUAUUACGCGACAAGGACAUUUGGUGGAGUUCAGUUCCCGUCGUCUCUUGGACAAGUGGGUGCAGUGCCGCACCACCAAUGCCAAUUGUAUCUGCGUGAAUGAGAGAUUCAUCCUUGUGGGCUGUGCGGAGUCCAUCAUUCGGAUCUUUAAUGCGGCCACGUUGGAGUACGUGACCACGCUGCCUAGAACUCACUAUUUGGGUGUGGAUGUGGCCCAGGGCAUUCAGAUCAAUCACAUUAUGUCGGUGCCACAGCAGGCAAAGUUCCCAGACUGCAUUGCCAUGGUUUUCGAUGAACAGCGCUGCAAGGUAAGCUGCGUUUACAACGAUCACUCGUUAUAUAUCUGGGAUUUGCGCGACAUUUCACGCGUGGGAAAGUCACACUCGUUCCUUUACCACUCCACCUGCAUCUGGGGCGUGGAGACAGUGCCAUACAAUGUCGAGCGGGAACCAUCACAAACUCUGCCGGAGGAGUGCUUUGUCACCUGCUCAUCGGACGACACCAUCCGCGUUUGGGGAUUGGAUGGUUGCACUAACAACGAUAUCUACCGAAGAAAUAUCUACUCAAAGGAACUGCUAAAGAUUGUCUAUAGCGAUGACGAACUGCAGUUUAUUAAGGAUCCGGGAUCUUCGCUUUUUGAUAAAGCAGGAUCAUCAUCUUACGAUGGCAGGAAUGGUGUGCGUUGCAUCAAAAUCAGUCCAGAACUCCAGCACUUGGCCAGUGGCGAUCGGUGCGGCAAUAUACGUGUCUAUAAUCUGGUCAAUCUGCGCCUGCUCACCACCAUUGAAGCCCAUGAAUCAGAGGUGCUGUGUUUGGAAUAUUCUAAUGAGCGGAUCGAACGAAAGUUACUAGCCAGUGCCAGUAGAGAUCGGCUAAUCCAUGUUUUCGAUGUGGCCCAGAAUUAUCUGUUGCUGCAGACACUGGACGAUCACAGCUCCUCGAUCACCUCCAUAAAGUUUGUCGGUGCGGGACUCAACUUCCAGAUGAUCAGUUGCGGAGCCGAUAAAUCUAUUAUGUUUAGAAGUUUUCAGGGUAACAUCUUUAUGAGGGGUACCAACACCUCUGGCAAAACAACGCUGUACGAUAUGGAAGUAGACUCGAAUUCCAAGCACAUCUUGACAGCCUGCCAGGACCGUAAUGUGCGGGUUUAUGGAACACAGAAUGCCAAGCAAACGAAAACCUUUAAGGGUUCCCAUUCAGAUGAGGGAAGUCUGAUUAAGCUAAGCCUCGAUCCCAGUGGUAUCUAUGUAGCCACAUCGUGUACUGAUAAAACGCUGGCUGUAUAUGAUUACUACUCCAGUGAGUGCAUGGCGAGGAUGUAUGGUCAUAGCGAGCUGGUAACUGGCCUGAAGUUCACCAACGAUUGCAGGCACUUAAUCUCGGCCAGCGGUGAUGGUUGUAUUUUUAUCUGGCAAGUGCCUCACGAUAUGAUAGUUACCAUGCAGGCGAGGAUGUCACAGCAACGUCUCAGAUCUGGUCAUGCUCCAUUACCACGUCCCUUGUCUUCGAUUUCGCCACCGGAUGGUAUAGUCCUGGAAUCACCAACCAGUGAAAUAGAGCAACCACAAUUGCAGCCCAAGUUUGGUGUGGCCGAGAGAUUCUCGGAUGUGGGUCAACUGCCGCAGUGGGCUAUGCGAAAAGCAGCAGCGGAUUCGGAUAGUGGGGCCUUGUCCAUACCCACGCCCAGCGGUGGAUCCACUAAUGUACCUGCCAUGCAUGCCGCUUCAUCGAUGGGUAAUCUAAGCUCAUCGCCGAGUCAACAGAUGCCUGGAUUUACAACCCGAGCUAGGGGAAGAUGGGCCCAAAGGAGCACUCAAUUGGAAACCGCCGAUGACCUGCGUUCUAACUCUGAAAGUCCUUUGGGAACUGUUUCGUCUGUAGGUGGUCACAGUGGUGUUAAUGUCCAGACCUCUGAUUACAAUAGCGCCUCUUCCAAGGACAUUACCUACAAUCAAACCUACUUGAGCGAGGACUCUUCAAUCGAUUCUGGAAUGGAGACGCGAAGGGGCGAACUCAAGUUCAUUGGCAGCAGCAACAAUGGAACGGUGGUCACAGUGUCCUCCGUUUCAUCGAUGGCUGUAUCUGCCUCCAAUGGUGCCAUGUCAACCGGCUCUGGAGCUGGACAACAGCGUCUCCAGUUGCCGGAUAAGCGGUUAAAGCCGGGUCUACGAUUUGAUACUCACAGCCAUGAUCAUGAUGGAGAUGUGGAGGAUAUCUCGGAUGGAGAGAGAACUAGUUCCGAUCAUGGAAUGUUCUACAACAACCUGGCGCCCAGCACGCCAACAGAUUUCAAGGUGACGGCCAUGAACGAGGAUGAGCUGCGCAAAUCGGUGCGCCGUCAGAAGUUCGAAAAAUCCGGCCUUCAGCUUACCCCAUCGGCGCUUAGCGGAAAUGGAAGUUCGCAUACGGCAAGCACAGGAACCGGAACUGGAACCUCUGACACCGAAGAUGAAGGCUCAACGCCCAGUGCCGAAAAUGCAGAGCGUUCUCUGGCCUCCACACUGGGCGGUAGCUCGGAAAAUUUGCCACAAAGCAGCGGCAAUAGUUUCUUGCAUGCCGCUUUGCCAGAAGGACCGGGUGCAACCACGCCCAUGGAAAGGGGAGGCAGCAGUCGCCGCAGUAUCAGCGCCAAGCACAAUACGGAAAAUGGGAAAAGCGUGGCGGCACCACCCACAAUCACCAAAUCGUAUACGAGCACCAAAAAGGAGGAGCUGCUGCAGGUCAUCAACAAGGUCAAGCAGCAGCUGGAGAAUGGUACGCGUAAAAAUGGCAACACAAGGUUGAAUGCUAUAGCUGAGGUCGGCCAUAGACCCCUUCGGGGAAGCCAUAGCAUAUCGGACCUAAGUCUGGCUGCCAAUUUGGAUGGCUCGAGGAAUGCGGGCGGAGGACCAGGACGUUAUACAAAGCCAGUUGCUUCCCAUGACACUUCGCAGUCUAUUAGUUCCCCAAUCAGAACAACUGCUGCUUCUCCGAUUAACCAGCAGCCACAUCAACAGCCAGUUCAUCAGCAAUAUCAAAUAGCAAAGGAGCAACAGCAUCAUCAGACCCAGCCGCAACAUCAGCCAUACGCUCCUCCUGCUUCCCAGCAAUUCUUCAAUUGCGCUGCCCCAAAGUCCAAGUUGCAACAGAACUUCCAGACGAUGCGACAGGUUCAGCAGCAUUAUCCUCCGUACCCGCAUCACGUGGGUGUGCAUCAGAUACAUCCACCUCCUGGGGUACCAUUUGGUGGUUCUGCAGCAGGAUCUGCAAUGCGUUCCCAUAACCAUCAGCAACAUCAUCAACAGCAGCAGCAGCAGCAGCAACAACAACAGAGAGCCAAAAGAAAUCCAGCUGGGAAUAAUAGACGUACUCCUAGUAUCUUAAAACACUACAAGUCCUGUCCAGUCUCUCCAGUCCACGAAGAGGUUGAGUGGUCUGCUGAAGGAAACGAAAGAGGAGCUCUACUUGGUGAACCCAAAAGGCACUCCGUUUAUGCAGAUGAUGCCAGAACUAUUUUGGAUAUGAUCCAUGCUGAUACCGAGAAGAUGAUUGAUGAGAUAACACGGAAAUACGGAGAUCUGGAUGAGCCCAGUAUUCCAGCUUCUUAUUCGAUGCCAGCGAAUUUGAGAAACUUGGGUGGUUUGGGUUCCACUGGUGACUCCACACCAACAGGCAGAACUACGCAGUAUUAUGUUUACAGAGAAUUCUAUCAAUGCGAGAGGAAGGUAUCCCUUUCGGAUAUCUUGCAACCUGAACAAUUUGCGGCCACUCAGAGGAGAUUAGAUGAGGCUAGAUUCCUGGAGACGCAACGCCAUUCAAGUGCCAGUUUCUUCCUUACCGGACAACAAAGUCAGGAGUCACUGUCUCUGCUUUCCGAUGGCGAUGGUCCCGGAAGCUAUUGCAACAGUUUGGAGAGCGUUCUAUCGGACGAAAGUGAUUGCCAGAGUGCUCCUCUGGAUUACCCUCAAGCUCAGGUGGCUGUUCUUCAACAGCGUCAUGCUGGCAUCCGUAAUUUUAUCAUCCACGGCCCAGUGUCUAAGUCCUACGGGAAUAGCCCGAAUGCCUAUGGCAGCUUCGAUUACUAUAUGCGACAACAGCAUUCUACGACAACGGAUAGCUUCGAUGUCACAGGCUACAAUCUGCAGCCAUUGAAACCACUGCCCAGUUCGAAGACAUAUCCCAGAAUUGCCCAGGUUCAGGCCUCGGAAAAUAUACCCACACUACGAUCAAAGAACAAGCAAUAUAACUCAGGUGUUAACAAGUCUUUAAGCACGGAUUUCGCUCAACAGCGACUGCAAAGGAACUCGAAUCCCAUGCAAUCAGGUGACAAUCUCUUUGUGAGGAAACCAUUGAAACCCAAGCCACCAGUACCGGCAAAACCCCAGAAUCUUAUAAGCACUUUGAGCCACAUGGAGAAACAGCAAAAGCAGCAUAAGUCUCAGUCCAGAACUGCCAGUGUAGUCCAGCAAUUUGAGCAUAAUUUGCAAAAAUUCGAAAAGGAAAAGCAAAGGGAAAGGGAUCAGCAAAGGAGGCCAGCGAUGAGGAGUUCAGUGAGUUCAGGAGCUCUAGCUGGAGGCUCUGCAACCCAGAGUUGUCUGAAGAAAGUCUCUCGUUUCGACACCAGCGAAAGCAGUCGAAGAGCCACCAGUGUUAGGCAAAGAAAUAGACCAAAAAUCUCAGUACGCUUCAAUACAGUCUCCCAGAUUAAGUAUACGCCCAGUGCCAAAAGGGAAAGACAGGCCAGAGAAGAAGAACCGCCAGAAAUGGAAGUGGGCAGCCUGCCUAGCGACUAUGGUGAACGGAGUUUCGAAAUGUAUUUCGCUGAGAACGGAAAUGCUCCGGAAAAUUUGGAAAAUAUGCAGAGCCUUAAGCUUUACACAAAACCGCAACUUCAAGCGGUUGUCGAUGAGAUCCAGCAAGAGCGGGAAAAGUACAGGAAAAACUUAGAUAAUGCAGGGAAAAUCAGUGGAAAAAGCGGUUGUGGAAAGGGAAAGGGUGGAGGCGGCUCCACCAGCCAUCAGUGCCAGAAUAUAGCCAAAAAGAUUGAUAUCAUCGAGAAGUUAAUUGCCAUGGAGGAGAACAAAAUGGAGCAAAUACGCUUGGCCACCGAAUCGCGUUUGAGGCCCUUUAAUUGCAAUGCCAAGGAAAAGGGUUAUGUGAAAAGUUUGACCAUGAACUUUGACAUGCUGGCCAGGGGAGAGGAGCUAACAGAAGAUGAGGAGCUGGCCUCCAAAGAUGCCUCAGAUCUUUGUGCCUAUGCCAGGAAUAUCCGAAGAAAUUGCAGUUUGCCAGAUGUCCUGGAGAGCACCGAUAUUACUGGCAUCUACAAUAGCCAGGGUGUCGAAUUGGCCAAAGAAGUGAUAGCCGAUGAUGAGGAAGAAAGUCCAGAAAAUCCUGACAUUACCGCUAAUAACGCUGAUCAUGGACAAGUCAUUGGACAGACUGUUGUUUUGAGGAUGGAUCCAGGCAAUCCCAAAACGCUCAAUCCCAUGCCCAUCGAGGAAUCCUCCAUACGCCGAGCCUGUUCGUUGAGCGAUCUCCACAUGGGCAACUUUGGCAAGCCUGGCAAGUCCAAUGGCACACCACAGAAGCCGCAGGUCCAGCACCGAAAUGGAAAUGUCUCGCGAUCGGCUAGCAAGAGGAACAGUUUGCAGGGCAAAACUGGUUUGGGUGCCUCGAGUAACUCCAUGAAUGUCCUCAAUCAGGGGAGCGACUCGGAACCAGAGGACAGCAAUAGAUUACGCAGUGCCAGCAAUGGACAAGGGCGCAGCAACGGACCCAUUGCUGCGAGUCGCCAGUACAGCAACAAGAUCAACAAUGUCAACAAUAAUCGUAGAAAGACGCCAAACUUUAGCAGUGCCACACCCAUGCAGGAUGACUCCAGCUCCGAGGAGACGCCCAAUAGCGCUGUAAACAACAAACCCAUUGUGCCACCAAGACCAAGGAACUUGGCCUUUGAUCACAAGAGCAAACUAAUGAUCAACAAUACGGGCAGUCCUGGAGUUAAUGCCAAACAGAGAAGCGGAGUGACUUCCACAGAGGAUUUCGAGGGCGCAGAUCCUGAAGCCCAAGUACACAAUGUGAUUAAUAAACUUUAUACAACCACACAGGCAGCUAUGCAGCUGCAUGCGAAUCUAAAGAAUUCGCUGCUGCUGAAGGAACUGGAGAAUGCCCUGAUCAUGUCCAGAAAUAUGUUAAGCAGCAUCACCAAUCGACAAGCGGAUAAAAGCAACAACGGAGUCGGAGUGAGCGGGGGAUUGGGAGUAGGUGGUUUAAACCACGAUCAGCUGAGCGGAGCUGACAACGGAGACUAUCUAAUGAUGGUCAACAACUGUGCCGAUCUUUUGAGCAAUUUACGCACGAAGCACAAACCCGAUGACUGUGAGAAUAACUCCUAGUGUGUAGAGCUUAGGCUAGACUAAAUGACUAAACGAAGUGCAGAGGAACUGCGUGACGGACUAACCAAUACCUAUUUAUUUAACUGAACACACACACACACACAGGCGAAUGGCAAACAAAUCAAGCAACAAACCAAUCAACCAACCACUAAUUUGUAAUUAACAACCAUUCACCUUUGAUAGAAAUUUAUGUUUGUUAAUGUUAGAUCAAGUUGCUUAGCCGCUAAGUUUUCUGUUUCGUUUUUUGUGCGCGUGAGCAUUUCUUUUAACAAAUAAUUUAUAUAUAUCUAUGUAUGUCAACCGAUUGCGUUUAGCUUGAAUUCAAUUCUGUAAAUGUUAAGUUUAAUAAGCCGUUUUUUGUACUUGUUAAGUGUUAUUUGAGUUUAAGGCAAUAAUGAUGCGGAAUUUUUUGGAUUGUCGAAGUGGUCGAGAUAGCAAGUUGUUACAAAGUGCGCUUAGCCCAUGCCUUCUAUUCUGUUUGAUUUAUAUUCCCAACCCUUUUUUUUUUUUUUUUAUAUUUGCGAAUGUUUGUGAAUCAGUCAAGAAAAUGUAAAAGACAAAAACUACAAGAAAUGUGUGUCAAAUUUGAAUGUUCCGAAAUUUCAAUUUAUAUCCAUAUAAUACUAUGUAUGCCUACUCACAUUAUACUUAUAUCUCUAGAAGGGCCACAAAUGAUUAUUGGAUUAUGUGAAGAAUCAAAGUUAUUUGAGAUAUUUGAUCAGAGCUAAGAUGCAAAUCGAUUUCCAAAACACACACUUUGUUCUGUAAUUAUGCUGUAUUAGUUAAUUAUUCGAUUGUAUUUACAACAAUUAUAACACUACCUAUAAAUAUACAUAUUAUACUUAGAUAUGAACUUGAAUUAGUCCUAAAAUUUACUUUACAAUAAUUUACAACUAAACGAAAUGUAUUAAAAUUAACUUCAAAUAGGAGAAACCAACACUUACGAUUAAUUAUGCUAUCUAAACUCAGAACUAAACUAAAAACAAAACAAACAAAAAAACAACAACUAAUUCAAAGCGAAAAUAAUACAUAAUGCAUAAUUUUUAAAAACAUUAAAACUAAGUUUUUUUCUUUACUUCCGUUUGCUGUUAACAACAAGAAAUCGUCAAGCCAUUCUGUUAACAACUAAAACCCGAGACCCCAUGGACUUAAACUUACUUUUCAAUCAGGCAGCUAAGAUUUUGGGGUCUCAGAAUUCUAAUACCCAAGAGAUCUGUCCAUAUGCUACUGUCAUAUGGUACAAGGAUUCCGAAAAACAUUCAGAACCAAAUAAUAUCCUCAUAUAAGUAAUUGAUUAACAAAACUAACAGGCAGGAAUUGUGUAUUGUGUAACAUUUAAGAAAUUGAUUGAAAGCCGAAUAAUAAAACAUAAUUCAACGUUUUA